UGGCUAUGCACCACGGUAUCCGAAAGAGAGACGCUGUCAACACGUGGGCUGAUGAGAGAUUGUGGGAGCCACUUGGAACAACAGCGUCCUGCAAGCCCAUCGUGGAGCCUGUGGUGUCAUUGUGAACAAUGCCGCGUUCGCUACGACGUAGGAUCGUGGAACGUUCUCCCAAAGUGUAGCGACCUGAUUAAGUUGUUCCGAAGAAGUCGAAGAUAAAUUGCUCCGUUCAUCGAAAACGUGCUGCAAAUUCGAGGCGCAGUUGACAGCUGCGUUGCGGUGCAUGGAGAUGACAUGGAUGGGACGCAUAUCUGUUCAGAAAUCAGUCGCAGGAUGGUCCCGAAGACCAGGGCAAGCGAGCAAGGCGGGUAUGUCCGACAAACAUCAAACGCUCCACUCAACCUCAGCGUCUCUUUCCCAGGUUCUCUAUUCGUCUGGCUCGUUCACUAAGUCAACCAGACUCGUUCUCUUUUCUAUUCUUUCCCAGAAUGCGCCACCUCGGUUUCUGUUUCCUGUCUCGUCGCUACAUGUUGCAAGCCAGGCGCCCGUCUUCGCACCCUCAUUUGUAUCCACCACAAUCCAUUGUUCAGUCGUCUUCAGCACAGCGAACGAGGUACUCGUGAACCACGUCUGCCAGGUGACACCAGACUUCCCGAAUGUUGACGUCGAGGUGAAACGUGAGGCAAUGCGCUGUCCUGCAUGCCCCUCCGCUACUGGCAGGGCUCGCAUGUGCAUCAAAGUGUCUCUGCAGAAAGGCUGCGAAAAGUACCUGCUACGAUUUGUUUGGGCCUCAUGCUGACACAAUGCUCUCGAUUUCUAUGCCGAGUAUUGCCUUACCUUUCACAAGUAU